CAGAGAGUUGUCUUUCUUUGAUACCAAACCACCCGGAAGUGCUUUACUGUUUGUAAAUAUGGCGUCUGCAAGUUUACCUGCUCGAAGUAAUAGGGAUGAUUCCAUCAAAAGAACAAAGCGACAGACUGCCCUGGACACUCUGGUGUCAAUGGGGUUUCCCAGGAACCGAGCAGAGAAAGCCAUUGCGGCCACAGGAGAUCGAGGAAUUCAGCUGGCCUCUGAUUGGCUCUUGUCACAUGUAGAUGACCCUACCCUGGAUGAUGGCACCCCCAGGGAAUAUGUCCUCUAUCUGUGUCCUAACGGUAAAAUGCAGGACGAACUCAACAAAUUCUGGGAGAAGAGCCUCACCCACUGUGGAUGGAACGGGGCGCAUUCCUACUUCCCUCACAUUACCAUGUGUCCAUUCUUCACAGUUGAUGACAAAGAUGUAGGAUUUUUGAGUGAGAGCUUUGUAAAGCUAGAGAACAAACUCAGACGGGCCCCAGAUACUCUGAAGCUCGAUUUCUUUAGUCAGAUGAAUUUUAUUGGAUUAUUUGUGAAGGAUACCAUGUAUGAAUUCCUACAAGAAUGUGUCUCAAUGUUCAGCAAAGAAUUAGCCAAAGGAGGGGUCAAAGUUGAGCCCCACAAGAAACAGCUUCACUUGACCCUGGCAUACCAGUACCCACCAGAACAGCACGACAAGCUCCUGAAAUACGCCAAAGAAAUAGACCUGGGGGUGGACGUUAGAUGGGACCUCAGACUGUAUUCCAGGGAUCCCAGGGCGGGCAGAAGUGAGAUCCGUCGAGUGGUAAAGGCCUACACACCACAAGUUGGGGAUGAGCUGGAACUCAUUGAUGGAGAUUUCAUUUUCCUGGAUCCAAAAGAACUCACUAAAACCAAAGAUGGCUGGUAUCCCGGGAUCUCCUGGCUGACCGGGAUUUUGGGAAUGUUCCCCGGAGUCUACACACAGAAAACAGCUGAGACAUGGACCUGGAUGCUUCAUAGAUCUCUACCACUGCAUGUAAGACCCAAGUCAGUAGCUGUGACCAAUGGAAUUAUUGUAGAGGAAGAUUAUGAUGCAAUCUGGCAUGAUGAUAAGGAUUAUGCCAAGGUCAACAAAAACUUCGUUAAGGAGAAGAAGCAAAGCCUGCCUUCUGUGGAAAAAAGGGAACAGAGAAGAUUGAUUAUAUGUCGCCAUGGCGAGAGGACAGACUUUGCUAUGGGGAAAGGGUGGUACGACAUGUGCUUUGAUGAUGAUGGUAGAUAUUCCAGAAUUAACUUGAAUUUGCCAAAGAAGAUGUUAACACGGUCUAAUAACCUGGAGUACAUAAACGACCCUCCUCUGACAGAAGUAGGAAAGUUACAAGCACAGCUAACAGCUGACACACUGACAGAGAACCGGAUAACAAUAGCAGCAGUUUAUUCCUCCCCUUCUUUACGAUGUGUUCAAACAGCAACAGAAAUCUAUCAAGUGCUAAAAAUCCAAAACAAAAUCAAGAUAGAACCAGGUUUGUUUGAGUGGACAGGCCACACCAAUGUUGUACCCCGGUGGAUUUCCCCCGAGGACUUGUCUAAGCAGGGUUACCCUGUAGACACCUCCUACCUCCCCCAGGUCCCCCGGGACAAGCUAGAGGACGGGGAGUCAAUCAGUAAUCUGUACGCUCGGUCAACUGAAACCUCCAGGCAGAUACUUAAACUGUACGAAAGUAAAGGUGGCAGUAUUUUGUUCAUUGGUCAUUCUGGUACUCUGGAUUUAUGCACACGAGUCAUAACAGGACAGACCCCCCGGACCACCAUGUCAUAUAGAGAGUUCCUCCCCAAGGUGCCCUACGUGGCUAUGUGUGCCAUCGAGGAGGACGUCAUCACAAGGAAGUGGAAAUUCAUAGAUCCACCCACUCUACCACUAUCUCACGGACGCAAUAUUGUACAGAACGUCAGAGACAUUCUGAAUGGAUGACAUUCGUUUUUCGGAAAUUGAGGAAUUGUUUGUGCCAAUAGCUAACAUUUAGCUCAAUAAUGCCAAUGAAGCCAUUAUUUAUACCUGUGAAUAGUUAAACAUAAGUAUAAAAUUUCUACUAAAAUGUAAUUUUAUUUCCACUAACAAAUAUUUAAUAAUCUCUUCAGCAGGUUUGAAGGGUGAUAAGGAAAUUUUACAGAAUGUUAAGGCUUGUGGAUCAAAAAGCUAACCUGAGUCACAUUUAACUUCCUUGGAAAUGAAUAUGUAGAUAAGAGAAAGAAGAAAAUAUCCAAAUUGUGUUCCUUUCAUUUAUAAGGUUUUAUCAGAUGAUGUAAGAUAUGCUAUAGUACUCAUUGUCUUGUUGUAUUUAACUACAGGUAGCUUCAAGUUUUAGCUGAUGUUUUUUUUU